ACCGGUUGUAAAAACCUUCCUCGGCGUAUAUCAUCGGCAGUUGUGAUUUACAUUCCGUAGUAUGUACACGCAUUGUAAAUGUAUAUUUUCGAAUUGUGUUUAUUAUUUGUUUAAAAUUAAGUAAUAUCUCGGUGUUCAAAUGUGUUGAUACUAUUAUUUCCUAUUAAGUAUAAUCGAUCGCAUCCGGUUCCGAAACCUUGAACAUUUUUGACAUAUUUUUUUCGACAUUUCGACAAAGUUUUUCCUUGUUUGAAGACAAGAGCAAAGAUGAGGUUGUUACUUGUGAUCUUUUUAGUUCCGAUAUCAAUAUGCAGUUCAAACAUUCCUAUCACCUCGGAGCUCUUAGAGAGCGUCUUUGGAAACCCAGAUAGUGAAGCCAGUCCAUCAGCGAUAUCAUCGCAAGUGGUCCCUGUUACACCAAGUCCCGAUGGGAUGACAGACACGGAAUAUCUUGAAGCCAUCGACAAGUACGUGCCAUCGGUAGCUGAUUAUGAUAAAUUCGACUGGUCGCUUACUAAGCGAGUAGCUUCGAAUUCGCAAGCGAAUUUCCUCAUAUCGCCAUUGGGACUAAAACUGGCUCUUUCGAUACUCACGGAAGCAGCAACUGGAUCUACACAAUCUGAGCUUGCAUAUGUGUUGGGUUUCGACCGUGACACAAAUUCUGUGAGACAAAAAUUCGCUAUGAUCUUAAGCUCAUUACAGACUCAAUCGUCACAGUACAUCCUGAACUUAGGAAGCAGAAUAUAUGUCGGAGCGACAGUCAUACCUCAACAGCGUUUUGCUGCGAUUUCUCAACAGUUCUAUAAGACUGAAUUAAAGAACUUGGAUUUCAGUAAUCCUGUAACGGCCGCUAGCGCUAUCAAUUGUUGGGUUUCUAAUGCAACCGAAGGAAGAAUUCCGGAUUUGGUUAAGCCAGAUGAUGUAUCUGGCGUAUCAGCUUUGGUAUUGAACACUAUAUUCUUCAAAGGUACCUGGCAACAUCAGUUCGCACCGAAUGCAACUAAAUCACAAUUAUUCUACGUGUCUAUUGAAGAUACGAAAGAAAUUCCUUUUAUGAACAUUAGAGAUAAGUUUUUCUUUGCUGAAUCUAAAAGAUUUAACGCAAAAAUUUUAAGGAUGCCAUAUUUGGGUAAUAAAUUUUCAAUGUACGUAAUCGUCCCAAAUUCAUUGACUGGAUUGCCUUAUAUUUUCGACGGAUUAAGUGAAUUACGCACUGAACUGUACUACCUCCAAGAAUAUUUUGUUGAUGUCACUAUUCCGAAGUUCCAGUUUGAGUAUACUUCGCACCUGGGCGGAAUUUUGAAAGAGUUGGGUAUAAGGCAAGCGUUCGAAGAUACUGCCUCAUUCCCUGGACUCGCUCGGGGUCAAGUUCUCUCCAACAGACUGAAGAUUUCCAAAGUAUUACAACGGUCUGGAGUUGAAGUAAACGAAUUGGGAAGUACUGUAUACUCAGCUACAGAAAUCGCACUCGAAAAUAAAUUCGGCGAACAAAUGAUGCCAAACGCUGAGGUGAUUGCGAACAGGCCGUUCCUGUUCUUCAUCCAAGACGAGAUGACGAGACAACUGCUGUUCACCGGCCGCGUCUCAGAUCCGUCCCUCGUCGACGGCGCUUUUAAAGUUACAUUAUCGUCAGCUUGGUAUUGUGAACGAGUGAAGAUUUUAUUAAUUAUAUACGUUCUUGCAGUAUUUUUACUAGCUGGUAUAGGGAGCCUCGAUUGCCGCCAAAAUGUUCCAUCAGACAUAUCACGGCUAAACUUUUUCGAUACGGACCUACUUCGAUAUACUGCUGAAGAUAAAAAAGGAAAUGUAAUGGUAUCACCUGCCAGUAUUAAAUCAAUUUUGGCUAUGCUAUUGGAAGUUACAAGUGGAGAUACAGAGGCUGAAAUUAAAAGUGCAUUGAGAUUGUCACCAUAUAAAGAUGAAGUUAGAGAUCAGCUGAAUCUAUACUUGAACGCAUUAUACGCGAACACUUCAGGGGUCACUCUCCAAAACACGAAUGCAGUAUUUGUAUCAAACAGGCUAAAACUUAAAAAGGAGUAUGAACAAGCUGUACGCAAUAUUUACUUGUCAAGUGUUUAUACAGUCGACUUUGGUGAUACAUUAAACGCCGCUAAUACUAUCAAUCGUUGGAUCAAUCACCACACAAAGGGACUCAUACCGGCUUUGGUUCAACCUUCGGAGAUCAACCCAACUUCAGAAUCGUUAUUGACAAACGCGUUGUACUUUAAAGGUACAUGGCGUUAUGCCUUUAAUCCAAAAUAUACGCAUGCCAGUUGCUUUUAUAAUGGAAAUUCCUGUCAAAAAGUAGCCAUGAUGGAAUUACACGAAGACAUGAAUUAUGCGUACAUCGAUAAUUUGAGAUCUCACGCUUUAGAACUACCAUAUGGGACUGGUCGUUAUUCCAUGUUUGUAUUAGUUCCGCACGAUCGUAGCGGCAUAAAUACUUUAAUCAGAGAUCUUCCAUACAUGAGUCUCCCACAGAUAACAUUAUUAAUGGAAUCCACAAGCGUCCGUCUGUUUAUGCCCAAGUUUACAAUUGAUUAUAGUGACAGCAUGGUGGAACCUUUACGCAAAAUGAGGAUCAACACAUUAUUUUCGAAAAAUGCAAAUCUUUCAGGAAUGUUCGAAAAUGGUUCCGCACAAGUGAAUAAUUUUUUGCACAAAGUUUACUUGUCAGUUGACGAGACGGGUACGGUAGCUGCUGCAUCCUCGUCAGCAAUGGUCAUACCUCUCAUAGAGGAUGGAGUCCAGUUGAAAGUGGAUAGGCCUUUUGUUUUCUUCAUCAGAGAUAAUGAACUAGAACUCAUUAUUUUCGAAGGGAAGAUUGAAGAGCCUUCUCUGUAUACAGAACAAAAUGUAGUCGAUCCCAUGCAAAGAAAUGGACAAAUCCCCCAGAACACUGGACAGUGGCGAAGUGGUUAAUAUUAUUAUUAGUUUAUAGCAGCUUAUUGGUAAUUGUAACAUAUCAAAUAAUAUAAUAAAAUAUAUGUAUAAUUAUAAUGUCACCAGUA